AAUGACACCAUCUUUGGUGUUUCUCAUUGUGGUGAUAGUCGUUGUGGAGGGGCAGGGGUGGCGACCAUGGGAUAGGUUCAAUCAUCCUGGGAAUUUCGGAAACUGGGGUGGAAAUAAUUGGGGCACCCGUCAAAGGAAUCAAGAACCACAUGAUAUUCCACCUCCAGUUCCCCCGCCAGGAUUUCGAGGAAAUAAUGAUCGAUUUGGAGGUAACAUAAUCAAAGUUGUCGAAAUCAUCGACUUGGGUAAAAGCAAAAACCGCGGAGAUAUCCUAUCGGAUUUUAAGGACGUGCACAAAAAACACAGGCACCUUGGUCGCAAAGAAUGGAAAGGCAAAGUAAAACAAUUCUGUCACAGGUUUCCUGGUCAUCCAAACUGUAGAAGAGGGAAGGUUCCUGAUCAAAAGGAGCUUGAAGAGAUGAUUGGACAAUUCUCAAAAGGAGGAAUUGGAAGAUUCUUGAAAAGAGUUCCCAAAAUUUACAUUGAAGAUCCACUUGCAAGAGUAGAUCCAAAGCUGAAAGGAUUUCUGGAAAACGCCGGAAGAGGGUUUGGUCAUGUAAGCUCGGAACAUGUGAACAAACUCAGAGAUAUUUGCAAACGAAGAAAAUGUAGGGAGCAGCCAGAAUCCGCCAAAAAGACUAGAGAACUUUUUACUCAAAAGCUUGCUGACUUUGAGACGAAAAUUGCUGGAAAAGAUAAAACCGAUUCUGUACAAUUGAGAUUUGACAGAACUCUUCAAAUUAAAGAAGCGCUUCUCGAAAAAGGAAACUUGACAGCUGAUAUUGUUCCCGUGGACAACGGAGUUUACGAUUUAGACACAAUGCUAACAGAGGAACAGGCAAAUAUUCUUCUUAACGAGCUAAAUAAAGCGGGAGUAGGAGAUGAUGAAAUACCACUACCAGAUGCAGAUACUGAUGACGAAGAUGAUGACGAUUCUACUAAUUCAGCCAGUGGAGCAGCACCAGGGAGCUCACGAUUAAAGAAAUCCGCUCUCUAUUUUGAAGGAAAUCUGAUCAAGAAAUGGGAUCCAAGUUCCCCAAUCAGAUAUGUACUUGACAGUUCUUUAGAGGAUCUUGACAAAAAUGACGUUCGGGCAGCAAUUUACGAGAUUGAAAAGAACACCUGCAUAAGAUUCAAAGAGCUCAGUUCCCCACCAACUGGAUCUCAUAUUGUUUACUACAAAGUUGACAGUCCGACAUUCUGUGGUCUUUCGUAUGUUGGUCGAGCUGACCCUGCCAACCCAGUUUAUCUUAGUUUUGGAUGUGACAAUAACAAAGGAGUUGCAAUUCAUGAAACAAUGCAUGCGCUCGGAGUUGCCCAUCAGCACCUUCGCAAUGAUCGUGAUCAAUUUAUUACUAUUAAUUGGAGUAACAUUGAUCCACAACAAUACGAUGCAUUUGUUGUGGUGGAUUCAAAACUGUACACUUCAUACGGAGUGAAAUACGCAUACGACAGUAUCAUGCAUUACAACGGUUACACUGCUGCUCAAAACAUUGCGAUUCCUACUAUGAACCCAAAAACAAACUCUGCCGUGAAUCUUAAAGUUCUUGGACAAAGGCAAAAGAUGGGGACAACCGAUAUUGAACUUCUGAAAAAAAUGUAUUGUCAACCUGGAUGCGAUGACAAAAAUGUUUAUUGCGGAGCAUGGGCUCUCAAAGACUUGUGCAAAAAUCCGGGACAUGAUCAAUACAUGGCUGCCAAUUGUAAGAAGAGUUGUGGAUUGUGUGCUAUUGGAAAAUAAUGUAUUUUUGAAUGUGAUCAUAAAGCAAAUUUAAUAA